AUGGCCAUCACGACUGACGACAGCGUCCCCUUCCUCCAGGUCAAGGUGUGGUGCAAGGUGGAGAUCGAGGACAAGAUCGUGAACAUGGACAGCAAGAAGCGCCUCCAGCAGGCGCAGCCAGCCAACGUGUUUGACAAGAUGCGGAAGUUAUUGAAUGACCAGUUGCCCGUGAGCCUGCGGGGAAACAAGCUCCCGCCAUCCUUGGAGUUCUUGAAGAAGAAAGCAUUGGGCAUGGUGGGCCAGGGCGCGCCUGCUGAGUCGAAGAGGGGGCUGUUGGAUGCCGAGGCCGAGACUGCUCCAUACAGUGGUGCAGACGCUGAGGGCGGUUCAUCAAAUGCGGCCGCUUCGCGUGAUAUGCCCCCGCCUGCUUCCGACAGCGGAGAUCAUACUCCUAGACCUGCUCCACUACUGGGCGACCUCGCGGGGUCGCUAGCGACCGUCUCGCAGCCCUCGCCGUCGCCCAAGGUUGCUUGCAGGGUUGAGCCACGAGCGAGCCCCGAUACCAAGAGUUGCAUCAGCGAUGGGGGGAUGACAACGACAGCUGGUGGGAAGCGGCAUGGGAAGAAGAGCGAUAAGGAGAAGGAGGUCGACCUCCUUACCAAGCUGGGCUCCGCCAAGGUACUCCAGGGCCACUACAACGGCAGCGACGCGUACAAUGCAACUCGGUUCGAGGACACCGCAAGCGACAGCAAUGGCGUCUCCAACGUGAGGCGUGCCAGGCUCAAGUACGAGAGUGCCUACAAGAUUGUGAAUCCUGGCUCCGUCGACCAGUCCUUCUUGCACAAGACGCUUGAGGAUCCCCACACGAAGGGGCAGGCCUGGCCCCCAGAGUACGCCCUGAAGCUGGUGAAGCUGCGCGUCAAGCACGCACAUGAGGUCGAGGACAUGGUUGACGCCAUCAUGCCACUGGGCCGCGAGGAGGACGACUACAACGACGCCGUUGAGAAGGCCGAGGCCGACGGCGAGGAGGAGCCAACCUUCGAUCCGUUGAAGCCGCGUCUGCGUGAUUUUCCUGCUGCUGAGCCUGCUGCCAUGAUGGCGAGGUUCAGAGGUGUGGUCUCCGAGUUCCUCGCGCAGCCGCUGAUCAAGGCAGGGAAGAACAACCAGAUGCUCAUCAGCCCCCUCCACAGUGAUAUCCUCAAGGCCACCGACGGUGCCUUGCCAGGCAUCAGCGCAGAUGACGCUGCCAUCCUGAAGAAGGCAGUCGAUGAGCUGAUCACCAUCCUCAAGCUGCUCGAAGUCCUGGGUACGCCAUCCGUGGAGCACAUGGUCGGGAUGGACCCUACGACGACGAAGAAGUUCUUGGACGGGAGUUUGGCUGAGGCCUGGCUGCCUUCGAAACAAGACCUCGAGGACAGCAAGUUUUGGUCGCCGUUGCUGGUGCAGUUCACGCGGCACAAGGCGGACGAGUUCGCCAUCGCCCCGAAGAUGGCAGCCUUGCUGGAUGAGCUCUGCGCCAACAUCAACGACGAGAACAGGUUCAGGGAGAUAGUGACCGAGCUCAACCGCAUGACGAAGUUGUGCAGGCCACUGUCUUGCGACCGCGGGCGGUGCAAACUGCUUGAUAAUAUGGAGAAGUGGCUCAGCAACAGCAUCUUCCACGCGAUGCCCGACGACGUCGAGAAGAUGAAGGGCGUCGACAACUUCAUCGAGGAGAUCUGCAACGUCACAACCUUCCCCGAGAACUCUUGGGCUGGGGAUAAGUCGCAUUCCAUGCGCCGCGCGCCCCUUGGGAAGCUGGAGGACAUGAAGAAGAUCGACAGCUCGAAGAGAAUGCUUGAUGCACUGGCCUCCUUCACUGCCAACCCAAACCUCGAGACGACGAACGUGCUGAAGAAAGUGAGCUACCAGAGGCACCUCCUCUUCACCGAUGCGGAGCAGGUGGCAGCCGUGCGGGAGGCUUUGCACGCAGGCACCUCGUUUGCGAUGACAACGCUGGGGUCAUAUUCGUUUACUGGUGGGCGUACUGAGGAGGAGUGGGUGAAGGAGAUGUCUCGGAUCAAAGACAUGAUGAACCUCUCGACGGGGAAGGUGUUUUCUUUCUUGUCCGAGUCGGAGCCAGCCGACGAGGAGGCCAAGGUUUUGGGGGCCCUCAUCUUCGACAAGGCGACUCUCGUCCUGUGCUUCCUCGAGCUUCAGGCUGAAGGUGAUAAUGCAGAACAGCAGGCGGCCUCUGAUCAGGGCAACGACUCGUGCGAGAGUUUGUGGACUGCUUACAAGGCCGACCGCAGCCAGCUCUGGAAGUCGCAGAUCGUCCCGGGCACCAGCGAGAGCUGGAGCGACGCGGCCAUCCAGUCUAAGUGUACCAAGUUCUUCAUGGUGGAGUCGAUGUCUGAGAGCGUAACCAAGAACAUCCAGGCGGCCCUGACUGAGUACGGCGCGGCAGCACUGGCUUCCGAGACGCAGGCGCUGAGCGAGGCGGUCGACCAGGUGGGGCAGCAGAAAGGAUUGGGGGGCCUCGAAUCCUACCCAUCGUUCGCCCCGCUGCACUUUGUCAGGAUGACUUACGAUGAGAUCCUUUCAGCGGCCGAGGAGACGCUGUUCUCUGCGAAGAUGAAGGGCUCGAACAAGAGGCUCUCGCAGACGCGCCAGACGGCGAGGGAGGCAUUGAAACGCUACAAGAAGUCUGCGAAUGACCUGCACAUUGACCUCAGCUCUGAUACGACGUUCGGCCCGCUUGAGAAGGUGGUCGUCAAGGGCACGAGGGGCAUCGGCUCCAUCUUGGCGGAGAUCAAAAUCAUCCCCAACAUUUCGAGGGGCAAAACAACUAGCCUAGCUCAGCGCCAGAGCCGCGUGGAGGAAGAGCUCAACCGCACAGGCACCAUGAUCGGAGACGUUCCUGAGAUAGAGUUGCACGAGAGUGUGAAAACGAAAGCGCUUGAGUUCAUGAGGGCCUGA